AUGGCCCGCUCUAUACCGUCAACAAGCCCUGACCCAGACCCUUACACGAUCGACAUCAUCAACGUGAACAACCUCCUCACUCGCCUCGAACAGAACAUCUUCACGUCAUCGGCCGAGUACAAACUCCUACGGCAGUCGCAUUUGCACUGUGCGCGGAUAGGCGCUAAUAUCGACUAUGCGCAAACCCUCCUGAAUAAUAUUGACCACUCAUUACCAACGGUGAAAUCGCCGGCAACGCGUCAUGAGCGAGCGACAGAUCUCGCGAAGAAGAGAGCGCGAUGGGUGAAGGUUAAGGAGAGAUUCGAUUUGGUUGCGGAGAAUGUUGGGAGAAGGAUCCAAGACGACCAUAACGCCGCUGAAGAAGAAGAGGAGGAAGAUGACGAUGGUAUAUGGGAAGGCCUGGGCCCGGUUUCUGAACAAAAAAGCGAUGCUGAAGCUGAAGCUGUAGUUGAAGCUGAAGUCGAAGCCGAAGUCGAAGCCGAAGCCGAAACGGUAGCUGAAUAUAAUAAUAAUAAUAAUAUCACACCGGAGGAAAUCAUUACAUUACGACAACGACAUGGUCACGAUACAACCACCACACCCUCAUCGACCGCUACAACCACAGCUGUUAUCGCCAGCGGCACAUCAACCAUCCCCAAACCAACAUUUCCUACUACUACUACUACUACUACCACCACCACCACCAAACCAAAACCAGAAUCAGAAUCACUAAAUAACACCAAAGAAGCAACUCUCUCCACCCACCGCGCCGAACAGGAAUCCCUAACAACCAGCCUCCUCACGCUCGCGGGCCAACUGAAAGCAUCCUCCGAGGCCUUCCAGACCUCUCUGGAGAACGAAAAGGGCAUCCUGAACCGCGCCGUCGAGGGACUUGAUAGAAACAUAUCCGGUAUGGAUGCGGCGGGGAAGAGGAUGGGGGUGCUGAGACGCAUGUCUGAGAGGAGAGGUUGGUGGGGGCGAAUGAUGAUGUAUCUUUGGAUCUUUGGGUUGUGGAUUGUGGCGUUGGCCAUUGUAUAUUUGGGGCCCAAGUUGAGGUUCUAA